CGGACUUUGACCUCCCAAUCCAUAAAGCAGGAGAGGCUAAUGAACUUCUUCCUGCUCUGGAACCCCCUAACACCCAAGUCAAAGUGCAACCUAGGAAGAUUAGGUUCCCGAUGAUUGCACCGGAAAAGGCGAAGCAGGCGUUUGACUGGCCCCCAGGCUUUGUGGAUUGGCCCAUUUAUAUCUCUUCAGCCGCAAUCAAACAAUUGCGUCAGUUUCGGCGAGGCGAAGGCACAUUCAAGGUCAUUCAAGAAAAGAUAACCCAACUUUCUCAGGGACUAUUUUCUGGAUCAAAUCAGAAACGUUUGGAAGGUGUCCCCAGCGAUGUGCCGAUUUUCGAAGCCAAGACGACGGGAGACCUCCGCCUCAUAUACCGGAUCGAUAUUGAUACGGACCAUUAUUUAAAGACUGACAAGCAAGUGAUCAGGAUACAUGGUGUCUACGCGCACAAUCAGUUCGACCAUCGACUGUGGAGUAGAAUCGCGCGGUCAUCGCCUCGAGGCGAUAAAGAAUAUAGAAGGAUGGUGAAUUAUCGGAUGGAGCCUAGGAAACGUGGGGCAAGGAUAAACUUCGUCACACCACCCAUGACUUGGCCGCAUGAAGGACGGGCGUUGGUAGAACGCCUGCCUGUCAGCAACGCUAAUGCAUUGUUGACUGAGGACGAAUGCAUAGAACUUCAUAAAAUAUGGUCUCUGGCAAAAUUUGUUCCGUAUUCAACGGCCGUACUUGCAUCGAUUAUUGAGGACAUAGACACCGAACACGAAUUCAGCGUCUCGCCCGCGGAGGGGAAAAUUAUUCAACAUAUGUCCUCCUGCUUUGUGAUUGGACGAAGUGGCACCGGAAAGACCACUACGAUGCUUUUCAAAUUGCUUUUGUGGGAAAAGGCGCAGCGGUCCAAUCUACUGGACCGUCCUGGGCCCAUUCGCCAAAUGUUUCUAACUCAGUCCCAUGUUCUGGCAUCUAAGGUGGAGGAAGAUUAUCAGAAGCUGUUCGUAGCUGCGCGGAUUGGCACGGCCUCCGGGUCCAAAGGCCGCUCACGGACACGACUUGCCGAAAGACAUAUCACCGAACUUGAUGAGGAAGCACACGUUGACCAUUCGGGUUUGCCGGAAAAGUUUUCGGACCUGAAGGACGAGCACUUCCCGUUGUUCUUAACGUAUGAGCAGUUACGCCGCAUGCUUGAGAACGAAUAUGGAAUUCAAUCGUCUACCUCCCUCUCCCAAUGUUCCCGAAAAGACGCCCGAUCCGCAAGUUCGAAGCAUGUGCCUCUUCUGGAAUUGGAUGACGAUUCCUGGGACCCUUUCGGACCCCCUCAGAAAGGGUACCGGGACUAUGACAAAAAUGUUACAUUUGAUCUAUUCAAAUCGCAAUAUUGGAUCCAUUUCGAUCAGCAAAAGAUAAAAGGACUUGAUCCUGCGCAGGUAUACAGCGAGAUCAUGGGGAUAAUUUGCGGAGGCGAACACACGUUGAAGAUGCCGAGUGGAUAUAUGAGCCGAGAAUCUUAUGUUAGCCUUAGCCACCGCUCAUAUCCCUCUUUUGCUGCAGAACGCAGUCGAGUUUACGACGUGUUUGAAAAGUACCUCAAAUUGAAGAUGCAUAACCGUGCCUUUGACAACCCAGAGAGGACACAUAUUAUCCUCAAACACAUCGAUAAGGCCAUCAUGAACAUUGAUUUCCUAUAUGUUGAUGAAGUCCAGGAUUUACUGAUGAUUGACGCGAAAUUACUUAGGGAUUUGUGUCCGAACCCCCAUGGCCACUUCCGGGGGGGCGAUACGGCCCAAGCCAUCUCCGUUGGAAGUAGUUUCCGAUUUGAGGACCUCGGAGCUCUUGUAUACCGUGAAGAGCGAAGUAAUUCAUCGGUGACCUCAGGCGCACGCGGGCCAAUAAAGCCUACAAUCUUUGAACUUCCAGUUUAUUAUAGAAGUCACCAGGGUAUUGUGGCUUGUGCUGCCUCGAUUGUUGAUCUUAUCACAGCCCUCUUCCCGUAUUCGAUCGAUAAGCUUCGAAGAGAGGAGUCCAUUGCUCCUGGACCAAAUCCGUGUAUUUUUCGAGAUGAGAGGGUUCGUUGGAACAAUUUCUUAUCGGACGGCAAGCGUGCCUCUCGAGCCAUUAUUGUGCGGGACGACACAACCCGGGACGAGGUCCAAGCCGAGUUAGGAAGCACGCAUUACAUGAUUUAUACGCUUCUCGAGAGCAAAGGGCUCGAAUUUGAUGACGUCCUUGUGUACAAUUUUUUCGCGUCUUCGCCUGCCUCGAGCGCUCAAUGGCGAGCCGUACUAGGCCUGCAGAGAGCCGAUACCACUAGGUACCGCGUCCUUGAAACCGAGCUCAAGAGGCUCUACGUAGCACUCACACGUGCACGGCUUCAUAUCUGGAUUUGGGACUCGAGUCCUACUGCAGAUCCAAUGCUGAAUUAUUGGCUUUCCAAGGACCUAGUUGAGAUCUGCCAUCCGUCAAAACCAUUUCCGCAGCUGGAUGCAACUCCUUCGACAACGGACGAAUGGAAUGAUAUGGCCAGAACAUUGUUCUCUAAAUUUCUCUAUACCCAGGCCGCGUCAUGUUUUAAUAAGGCUGGACGCAAGGAUGACCAUGACAUUGCACUGGCGUAUCAGCAAAGAAAGGAUGCUAGGGCCAUCUCCAAGAACGACAAACGCAUCGCCGCAUUUCGUGAUGCAGGGGCCGCCUUUCGGGCUUGCGCUGAAGCCAGUUCGGCCGGUACCCGAGCUCUGCGACGGAAUGCUGCAGGAUGUUUCGUACUUAGCAAGGAAUUCAAAGAUGCAGCAAAAGAGUUCGAGGAAGCCCUUGAGUACACGGAUGCUGCUAUUAAUUAUCACAGAGCAGAGCUACUCGAGGACGUUGCACGUCUAGUUCGUCCCCCAGACGGCUCCAUCUCACUUGUUACGAGAAGAACGAGAGAAGGACUGUUGGAUAAUAUAAGGAUUCAGUAUUUGCGUGCUGGGGAUCUUAAGCAUGCCGAGUUAUUAUUUGAUCAUGUGGAAGACGAGAUUUCAUUCGUAGAAGAUUACUUGAGCAAUAGCUCUUAUCUCAUUGCUUCCAUACACGAACGGAGACGUGCUUUUAUGUCUGCUGCCAGAAUAUACUCUAGCAUAGGCCAGGACAUGAAGGCAGCCUCAUGCUGGGCCCGUUCCGAUUCGCCAGCCCGAGCGGCAUCGUCUUUGCUGGACGCAAUGUGGAACGUGGCUUUUAACAUUGCCGACCUGGAGCAUCACAGAGCGACUCUCAACAACAUACCCUCCAAUUCCUUGGCGGAAGCAACGCGGAUGGAGGUGGAAAUGUUCAGGGCCAUAAUUGGAAGAAACGCAUCUGCCCUGUGCAGUUUAGGACGAAGCUUUGUGGCUAAAAGGUCAACUGCCGGAGCCAUUCUGUCGUUCAAACAUGCCCUCAAACAUGACCUUGACUUCGACAAUGAAGACUUGUCGGGCCUCUUCUCGAAAUUGUCUAACGUCGAAAGUUACUGUCGCCAACUGAUCGCGCUGUUACGAGACCGCCGUCUCUGUAGCAAUCCCACUGCUCAAAAACUCGCGGGGUUCCAUCCAGCGAUAGGACAGGCUGGGGAACACGUCCCCGAUGAAUUCUGUGCUCUCCCUAAUUCGUACGCCAAAGGGCUGGUGGAGCAGGCUCCCCCCUCACGGCCCGUUAAGAUUCUUUCGAAAAUGAAAGAUGGUUCGGUUCACGUGAAGGGAGAGGAUCUCUAUCUGUUACUGCGCCACAAUCUUGAGGCCGAGAUGGAAGAACUGCUUGUCCGUGUCCACUCAAAGUUAUUGAGAGCUAGUAUUCUCCACCUUUGCCUCGAACAUUUGUUACAGGUAGACUGUGGCAAGAAGAUUUCGUCAUGCCGGAAACUCCAUCUGGAAGCGGGCUCACAGGACAUGCUAGGUCUUUACUUCCGCGUUCACAUGCAAAUAGUGACAACUUUGGAUUGCCUAUGGCAUCUUCCUACGGUCGCGCCGUAUGAUGUGUAUGCUAAGGUUCGGCGCAAGUGGCUCAAGCAGAUCUUCACUGUGCUUUUCCCUGUAACUCGGAUGCUCGGAAAUCACACAAUAUUAGACUUAAGACGCCUCGAAGCACAUCGCGCCAUGCCUAUAGUCCAAAAUUGGAUCGAGCACCGUAUUCGGGGCAUUAAUGCCUCCAAGGAACAUCCAUUGUCUCCGGAUUCACAUUUCGCCACCAACGCCGUGAUGCUCCUGCUCAUGGCUCACUUCUUCCAUGGAGGGCGUCUUCCUCGCUACCUCUGGUAUGGCUUGAAGUUGUACUAUCGACAUGAUGAGCUAGAAGACCACCAAACGGGCUCCUCGGUCAUCCACGAUUUGACGUGGAUGCUGGUUUGCGACUCUCAGGUCCCUGUGGAUAACGGGGUGAGAUUCCUCCGAUGGGUGGUUGAGAAAAAGCCUCCCAUAGACUUGAACGUCCUGGUACAUUUUCUGGAGAUUCUUUGUAUACAGCUCGUUUUUCAAUGCAGCAGCCGGCGGCCAAGACCUCUGCAUAAUCUCCUUUUGCCGCGUAGCUGGGCAAUCCGGGUCCUGGACAUGUUCUCGGACAAUCCUCCGACCAUAUUUCGUAUUAGGGAGCUGCUGACUCCCAUAAUAGAGAUACUUCAUAACAUCAGUGGCUGGGAUGGCUCUGGAGUCUUCACGCUUCAUGGCAAUGCGUUCCCACGAUCAUGGCCGUUGAGGCAAGAAAUGAUCGUUAGAAUCUGUCGUGCUCUUGUUAUCGGUGAGUCCCAUUUAUGAGUGAUUUGACGUCGCGGACGGUCCAUUUGGGUUCCAGUUGGUUGCAAUGGUCCCUACGAAUACUGGCCAGGCAUUUUUGAUGCGAUUAAGACUCUGGAUUACUUCGGACCACCCGGGAACCGCUAUGCAGGUUUCCUUAAGGCCAGGAGGUGGUGGGAUAUGGUGCAAGCGCUGAUAGCCCACGGCGGUCCAGACUCCCUGGUGGUUCUGUGCCAAAAUGGCGCUGGAAUGCCGAGUGAGAUACAGACCAUGGUGGAGUGUAUACGAUUCAGUGAUA